AUGGACUGGCUAUAUGCUUUUUUUAUUUUCUUAUGUCUUGGGAAACACAUCUACUGGUUACUUGAAACUGUAUCUGGAUUUCCAAUAGAAAAUCCAUCUCAAUUCAAAAGCAAACAUACCUAUAAAGAAACACGCACUUCGAACGCCAGUGAACAGGACCUCAGCUUGGACGACAGAAUUACAGAGCUGAAGAAAGCGUUGGAGUACGUUGAGAGAUUAAACGCUUCAAACUGUAAGAAUGGUACCAGUGACACCUUAGCACUUCGACUCGAUAGAACAGUUUGGGACCAGUAUGCGAAAGUAGCUUUGAAGACAGCAAAUUUUGUCAGUAAAUACUUACAAAUAAAAUCGAUUAAUGGCAGUUUAACAAACGACGUCAGCGAAACAUUAAAUCAAGAAAUAUCGAAAUCUAGUAGAACUCGUAAUGACUUUGGACAUAAUACGAACGAUACAAGUAAUCAAUUUGUUGAACCACUAAGUCAGGACAUGGUGGAUGACGACAUUCGAGACCACUGCAGCUCGUUAGAUGACUCCACUAACAAGCAACUUAAUUCAAGCUUUGAUGAAAACCUUCGCAAUGUAAGCGAUAUUCUCACAAUAUUUUAUCUGCUUGUGCAAAACAAUAUCGAUACGUCCUCAAAAAUAAUAGUCGGAUCAGCACUUGCUUUAGAGCCUUACGUCAUCCCAGGUCUGGAAAUGUUCAGUCCAUAUGCUCAUAAAACGAGUUCGACUUGUAUAAAUCUUGAAGAUCUAGCUCUGAAAUACAAUUACAUGGAUAAAAGUGUUCAAUGGUAUUUCUCCGUGUCUCAUAAUCUCAAUGAAAGUCAAAUAGAAACAGAGACAGUAAAAUAUGGUGACAUGACCGUAGGCAUCAAGAAGUCGGGCAUAAAUACUUAUGCUGUUGCUAGUCUGGCGAAUGGUUACUGGACAAACCCGUAUUUUGAUUGUGGUGGUGGCAACAUUUGGAUGGUAACGUUUUCAGCACCAAUACUUUGGAUAAGUCCAAACAGAAAAAUAUAUUUCAGAGGUGUUGCCACAAUAGAUAUCGAAUUAACAAAUAUUGACAUUAACCAAUGUGAUGUACAAGGGGAUAUCACGCAAGAUAUUAACCAGAAUGCUAAAGCAAAGAAGAUUGUGGAUAUUUUUCGGGGAACGCACAGCUGCCAGAAAACAACGAAGUGUGUCCAUGUACCCAAAUGCGGUUUUCGGCGUGGCUGUUACAUAUGCAAAUGCCUUGAUGGUUAUUAUUUUCCUUAUAAAGAUCAACACGCUCAAUAUUUCAAUGGUUCUGAUUUAGAAGAUUUUUAUGGUCAGAAUAAAUUAAAUUCAUCCAAUGAACUCAAUAAUUUCCAAUGCUUACCCUGCGCACGGUAUUGUGACACAUGUAUCGAUUCAUCACCCUGCAUGCAUCAGCCAAACAUUGCAAUUCGUGUGAUGAUCUUGGUAAUGUCAGCAAUAACACUGCUCAUUAUGAUUGCAUUAGCAGUCGUUGUCUGCCAUAAACGUAGUCAGCUGGUUAUCAAAUCAGCUAGCCCAAUAUUUCUCCUAAUGAUGUGUUUAGGUGGAUCCAUUAUGUCAUUUGAGGAAUUUAUUCUUUACUUCGAACCAACUGAUUUAAUCUGCCAAAUCACAAUAUGGUGGAAACAUUUAGGAUUUGUUGUCAUGUACGGUGCAUUGAUUUUAAAGACAUGGAGAAUCUCAAUCAUAUUCAAAGAAGGUAAAGUGAAACGUGUGAAUUUACCUGACACAGCACUACUACAAAGGAUGAUUCCAGUUCUUGCUGUGACGAUAGCCGGCCUAAUGGCAUGGACUUUAGAUUGUCCUCCCGAAGCUGUUCUUCUCGAGACAACAACAUCGCUCAAAUAUAUAACAUGUUCAGUUAGUUUAUGGAUGUAUGCAUUUUAUGCAGGUGAAGCUAUAAUGCUUCUCUAUAGUGUCUAUCUUUGCUUUACUGUACGAAAAGCGCCGGCAUUUUUCAACGAGAGUAGAUAUAUCACAUGGUCCACGUACAACACACUUAUUCUUGGUUCAUUUCUGAUAAUUUUUCAGCAAUUUGUAAAAUCAUCUGUUGGACCAGAUAUCAUGUAUUUGCUGCAUUUUUUAUCUCUUCAAAUUACAAGUACCAUAACAGUUGGGCUCAUAUUUAUUCCGAAAUUUUAUAUUUUGUACAAAAUCAAAUGUGGACAAAACGUUGAAAUGGAUACGGAACACACAGUUACUGGAAGACGGAUUAGAAAAAAUGCAGUUGUGAGUAAUUUACAAGAAAAAUCUUCACAGACAGAUGAAAUCUCAAAAUGUGAAACAUGCAAUUGCACCCGCGCUGUGGAGGAUGCAAGUUCUUCUAUUAAUUUCCAACAGCUGUCAAGCAACACUGACGUUCCGAAAAAAAGUAAACAUUCUGGGAACAGAUCAAGUAAACAUCACAGGAAAUCCAGAAAGAACAACCGUGUGGAACCAACCUUGAAAACAAACUCUACAGAAUGUGACCAGGAUAAUAAGAACGAUAUUAACUAAAUCUAUGUAAUACUUCAGUUUAUAUAACUUCAUUACAUUUAUAAUACAUCACAUACAUAUAUCGGUAUCAUCAAAAGAUUGGUUAAGCAGUGUAAGAAAAUUAAAAAAUGAGAUUUGUUAUCAUAAGAAAACGGGAAAUAAUCAAAUGUAUCAUCUAUUCAAUGAUACAUUAAUAGAGUGAGAUUUAAUGUCGAUAUAAGCAACAUUAUAACCGUAACAAAUAACAACUUUUAUCUUACAUAACAUUCGCACAAGCACUCGCAUACAUAUAUGCACAAACAAUAGAAUCAAGCAUACUUAGAUAUACAAACACGACAAAUAUACAAAUACACGAAUAUGCGCACAUGCGCUCGCACGCGUGAAGCACAUGUUCCAGAC